GAUAGUUCAGGGUGGGGGAAGUAUCAGCUGAUCAGGGCUGCCAGGCUAAGGUGCAGGGCUGACAUUCACACUGGAUGUGGGCUGCUCUUUCAGGUAUUCUCAGGGUUCCAAGCAGACAGCCAGGAUUCUGAGGACACCCAGAAGUCCAUUUAACCCCCACAGGACCAAUCAACGGUGAUGAAGAGAUACUAGCACCUGACUUCAUUCCCUGAAACGGUCCCUGAUCCGUAUAUUUCAUUAUGGAGUUAAAAGUCUGGGUGGAUGGAGUGCAACGUGUGGUCUGUGGAGUAACAGAAAAAACCUCCUGCCAGGAUGUGGUCAUCGCACUUGCUCAGGCCAUAGGUCAGACAGGGCGUUAUAUCUUAAUCCAGACACUACGGGACAAAGAAAGGCAACUUCUACCUCAUGAGAAACCUCUGGAGUUCUUGGCAAAGAGUGGACAGUAUGCCAACGAUGUCCACUUUAUACUGAGACGCACAGGGCCCAGCUUGACUGAACGUCCUUCAUCUGACACAGUUCCACACCCCCCUGAGAGAACUUAUGCCAGGUCUAGCCUGCCCAUAAAUCCUCGGACAGAGGUUACAAGGUCAAAGGAGCCUAAAAAAUCACUGACUUUUAAUCUAGGGCCCAUUGGAUCCAGUGAACUUCUAAGCAAGCACAGGCAGAAACAGACUGGUACUACUGUUAAAGAUGGUGCCCCACUCAGGCACCCAAGCAAAGAGGAACUGUUCAGAAUGGUUUUACAUCAACAGGAUCAACUUAAGACAUUGGAGAUGCAAAAUGUUUCAAUGGGGAAGGACAUACAAACUUGGGAAAGGGGCAGGGCUGGGGGUACUCAGGAGGAGGAAGAGGAUGAAAUGGCUUUCCUGGAGAGAUUGAUUCGCCGUAAUGAGGCAGAGCUAGGCGAGGAGAUGUUUUGGAAAGAUGAACUACAGAGAGAAAGGGUGGAAGAACAACAGCGUCAGGAUAAAAUGAAAAAGCUGAGAGUCACAAUGGAAGACUACACAAAAAAAAUCCAGGAGUUAAGUGAUAGGACUGAGAUGCUGGAACUGGAAAUCCAAAAAGAGACUUCUAAAAGGCUGUCCAGAGAGCCCAGCCAGGCUGAACUUGAGGAAAUGGUGGUCAAAAUGAGAAAGGAGUUGGAGUCCAAAACAGGGCUGGGACAGCAGCUGGAAAGCAACCUAUCAAACGUGGAACGGGCUUGUGAUGAGGCCAGGAAGAAUCUUGAGGCCAAGAAUCAUGAGCUUGAGGAACUGAAUAAGGAUAUCAGACAAUGUAACUUGCAGCAGUUCAUCCUCCAAACAGGAUCAACAUUGACUAAUGGCCAACUAAGACCUGACGAAGACCCUCUGUCUGAGACUAGUGAUGCAUACUGGGAAGGACACUACUCUAGUACAGGACCUUCUGACUCCUCUCCACGGACUGCAGCCAAACAUCUACUGGGUAAUCCUCGAAAUUUACAGAACCCCCUGCUAGCAGGCCUAAACCCUGAGGUUAUGUCUUCCCGAGACACAUCAUGGACCUAAAGAACAGAAUCUAGAUGUUUUUGACCAAACGGACCCCUGAAGAAAUGCAACUCUAUUGUUUACCUUGAAACUGUAUAUGAACUUACAACCGUUUUAUGACAAAGUAUAUAUUAUAAAAUAUGUAUAUAAAUAGAAUUGUUUUAUAUAUUGUUUUGUAUACAGAAUGUAUAAACUUUUUAUAUAUGUGUGUAUAUAUAUAUAUAUAAAAAAAAUGUAAUCUCCCACAUUUGAAUUGAAUGUAUCACUCUGGUUCUCCGCCCACAACUAUGCAGUUCUAAAUAAUAAAUAUUUACCCUCAUUUAACAAAGUAAA